AUUACGGGUGAACAACUGAAAUUCUUUUUUUACAUUUAUAAAUUUGUAUAAAAUAUAAAGUGGAAACCAAAACCAUACAAGUAUUUUGCGAUCCCUUUUGAAAUAAUACUGAAUUCUUAAAAAGUGAAUACUGCAAUUAGUGGAGGUACUAAAGUAUCAUCCCUGCCAAAAAGAAAAUACAUGAAGCCAUUCUAACUGAAAUAAAGAAAUGCCACAAAGAAAGUUUUGUUGAAAAUAAUUGAUAAUUUACUGCCUGGUAGAGAAGAUUUUCAACAUGCUGAGAUUGGAGAAUAUUUGCUGAUGAUAAUAAACCUAAAGUAAAUACGAAAGGAAAUAAUGAAAAGAAAGUAAAAAUUAAUGUUGGAAGUACUGAUUAGCAACGUUCAGUAGAAUGGAAGGCACGGGCACACCAGAAGUGAAAUAUCAAAAGUUGGCCAGUGAAUACUCAAAACUACGCGCGCGGGCUAGUGUACUGAGAAAAGCGGUCUUGGAUGAACAAUCGAAAGGAGACAGUUUGCGUGAACAACUGCGGCAAAGUGAAACGGCUCUUCGUCGAUCUGAGCAAGAAGUAGACUCUUUGGGUUUUCGCAACAAGCAAUUAGAGCACAGAGUAGCAGUUCUGCAAGAUGAAAUUGCUACACGAGAGGGACGUACUAUACGUGACAAAGACGAUGGUCGAAAGCGGGUGCUAACUGGCAAAGGCGAUUCGCAGCAUACGUCAGGAGGAGUGGUGCCGGCAUCAGUCAGAGGAGGUGAUUUGGCACAGGAUGCUCUUAUUUUCGAAGAGCUACAAAAGAAAAUAAUGGAAAAUGCAGAACUAACUUCGAUGAUCGAUGACAAGGAACGUGAUCUACAACUACAUGCUGAACGUUUGGCUAACUUGGAACAAAUGCUAGAAAAGCGUGUCGCUGAGUUCACUGAUGCGGAAAACCGCUUACGUCGCGAUAUGGAAACACUACAAAAAAGGAAUUCGGAGCUCGAAACAAAGUUGGUCGAUGCAGUUAGUAUAUUGGGCAGUGAGGACGCUUUAAGUGUUUCUGGUAGUGAUAACACCCCAUUACAUGUUGCUUCGACACAAAAUAGUCAUCCAAGCGCGAUGACCGCAAACAACAUACAUGCCGUAACAACCGCCGAAGAACGUAUUUCCUGCUUGGAAAAAGAGAUGGUUCAUUGGCGUACGCAAUACGAAAUUGCGAAAAUAAAUCAAACGUGUUGCGAAAGACACGGAUUAAAAGAUAAUACAGCAACAGCCACGUCAACGGACUUAGAAGUUGCUGUGCCAGAGUAUAAUAACUGCAGCUGCAGUAGUGCAGCUGCUGGUUUAAUGGUUAAGCCCAAUUCAACGGAGGAUAAGAGCGCUCGAGAUUCAAUAUUGCCACCCCCGAAGGAGCAACUCAUUUAUGACACAUUUAGCCGCAAGUUUGAAAACCUCUUGAAUGAAAAGUAUUUGGCUGAAUCUCAUAUUUCGUCUUUUGAGACAGAAAUAUCACAUUUUCAAAUUUGUUUACAAAAUGCGACGCAUGAAUUAAAGGCGAAGGAUGAGCAAAUGGCAAGCAUCAACCAGGCAUUGCGAAUGUUAGAGGAAGAUCUGGCUACUACGCGCCUUAAUUAUGAAGAGCAGAUAAGCGUUCUCACGGAGCAGGUGAUCAGUUUAAGUGAGCAAUUAGCAGCAUCUAAAUAAAUAUAUUUACCUGGAUAAAACGUAUAUGCUUAUGGCAGAAAGCCAAUACAGCAGGCAAAUGUACACCGUUCAAAUGGCAAACAAUAAUUGUAAAUUCCUCCAAAGAUGAAUGUCGUAGUUGAAAUUGUUGCGAUGUAUGCAAAAAUUUAUAUGAACCACGUUUUAAAUAGCUUAACAAACAAGCAUUGUUGAAUAUUUAGUGAAGAAAUAAGAAUACUAUUGAAACUUUCGAAGUGACAGAUUAUGUAGAAUGAAGAGUGUACGAACAGUUAUAUACACAUUUACAGGACAAAUUAUGCUUAAUGCAUUUGGCGUUAACACUGUAAAUUUAAAAAUAAAUAUUUCAAGCGAAUAAUUUAUAUUUUCUAAAUGUAUAACUUUAUAAGAUUUGUAAAAACUAAUAAAUACGAAUAUAGUUAAUA